AAAGAAUGCUAGUAAGAAUAACGUACUUUUUUGUGGUCUGCCAGUCAGAAUGAUAAAACUGUUUGCAUGUGUUCUCAACAAGAGACCAUAUUGAGAACCUUCUAUCUUUCAUCUGCCAUGCCUGUUCAUGGAGCUUCUUCCAGUGAAAUUCGUGAUGCUUUGAAAGAUGAACAUCUUCAGAAACUUAUCUGUGAUAUUGAUAAGUCCCCGGAUCCAAUUAAUGAACUUGACAAAGCUAUGGGAACAGAUGUAUUCUGCAUAUUUACAAAUAAGAACAAUGAGCAGACAAAGCAAUAUGUUCACUUGCUGAACUCAACCCUCACAGCAACGGAAAGGACAAUGUGCUGCAUUCUCGAAAAUUAUCAAAAAGAAGAUGGUGUUGAAAUUCCAGAAGCUUUACGUCCAUUCAUGGGUGGGAAAACCUUUCUGCCUUUCAAGACCAAACCAGCUGCUGAGGCCAAAGGGAAGAAAUCCAAGGCCUAAAUUUGUAUUUUUGAGAAAUCUUUGAUAACACUCGGAAGAAGUGAAGGUCUAGUUUAUAUUCAAACUAAUUUUACCCAACAUACGGUUAUGUUUGCUUUUGAACGAAUUGCCAAAGAGAUUGGGAAACUUUAAUUAUCCUAUUGUCAUGAAUUUUUGCAUAAUUUUGAUACUUCAGUAACUUCACUGUUCGCCUAGAUUCUUUGGUGUUAUGAGAUUUGAUAUUUUUCUCUUCUAUCAGUUAAAUAUACAUGUUUGCUUAUA